AACACUCUGAAAAUUUGUAUUGUUACUUCCGCCUGUGAUGUAAACUAAGAAGUCGUUUAUUUACUUUCAAUAUUUAAUAUUAUUAAAAUAUGGCAGAUAAAAAGAAAGGAAAGCAACGAAAGAUUGAAGAGGAGAAGCCCACUAAAGAAGAAUAUGCAGUUGCUAAAUAUUUGAGAUUUAACCUACCUGUGAGAGAGGGAAAGCUUGUUGGAAUGGAAGUGAAAUGUUUUAUUGGCAGUGCUGCUGUUGAUAAAUUGUUGGAGUCAAAGUGGUCAAAAGCAAAGAAUGAAAAAGAUUUCCUCUUUCCUAAUCGUAAUGCAUGUGUUUCAUACAUGGUCAGGUUGUUAGAGAAAGGGCUUUUUCAUAGAGCUGAAAGGGAAAAACGUAAAAAGGAGCGGCCGAUUAAAAAGAAAAGGAAAGAGGGAGAAAAAGAAGAGACAAACCAAGGAGAUGAAGAACUGAGGGAAAGAAAAGGAAAGAAAGAGAAAAGGAGUAGAAGAGAAAAAGAUAAGGAAAAAGAAAUCGAACAAGAUGACAAAGGUGAAAAGAAAGUGGAUAAAGUAGAGAAAAAGGAAGAGAAAAAAAAGAAAGAAAAACGAUUAAAGCUUAUCAUGCCUGAAGACCAACAUUUUACAGAUGGUGAUGAGGUGUAUGUCUGGAUCUAUGACCCUGUUAAUGCUAAAAACUUCUUAAUUGGUCUUUUAAUGGUGCUAGGAGCCAUCGCACUUUGUAUGUUUCCACUGUGGCCGGAAGAGGUCAGGGUUGGUGUCUAUUAUCUCAGUCUGGCUGCUGCAGGCUUUGUUGGAUUUAUUUUGUUUCUUGUUGUUGUUCGUCUCAUCUUAUUCUGCUGUAUAUGGGCACUUACAUUUGGAAAGCAUCACUUCUGGUUCCUGCCUAACUUGACGGAAGAUGUAGGGUUCUUUGAUUCUUUCAAACCUCUUUAUAAACAUGAUGUUGUCACCAGAGAAUCAAAAGCAGAAGAUGGGAAAAAGAAAGCAAAAAAGAUUGACAAAAGUGGCCAAAGUAAAGAAAAAUCAAGUGAUAAGGAAGAUUCAGAUGAGUUUGAAUUGGUCAAAAAAGAAGAUCUAGUUGAUAAUGGUGAAAAUAAUGUUAAUGAGGAUAAUCAAACAGAGGAUCCAGAUAAUGAGAAUGAUAAUCAAGAACAAGAAGAUGAUGAUAACCAAGAACAAUAUGAUGAUGACGACAACCAAGACAGGGAUGAUGAUGACAUUGAUGAAGAUGACGAAAACAUUGUUGAUGAAAAUAGCGAGGAACACGAUGAUGAAAGUAGUUCAGAAGUGACACUUAAAAGCAAAAAAGAAUCAAAGAAAAAGAAGUGAAAUUUUUUAUUCAUUCAAUAAAGAACAUUCUUAUUGCCAGGAGGGAAAUUGCAUGAUUUUAUUAUUUACUUAUUGUUGUCUUUUGUUACAUUUUAUGAUUUGGCUUUUUUGUAGUAGAUAGGAAAGUAAAAACAAAUUGUUUAGAAGACUGCUAUCAAUUUAAAAUUACUUGAUUUUUUUUUAAUAUAUAUGCUACUUAACCAUUGCUUUGUUUAAAAAAACUGCAACCUUUAAGUAAGCCAUCAGAACUAAAACAUUAAAUCAUUAAUAGUGGAGUUUAAAAACAUUAUUUUUAAAAAUGUAAAUAAUAUUAAUAACAACUUUUUACCUAUCCCCAACAAAGUUACAAUUUGAUUUUAAAAUUUAAAGACAAUUACAGCAGUUUAAGAUUAGCUAAACACUUACAGACUUCCACCAAUUUGCUUGAAGUUUUUAAGGUAAAAUUGUCCCUCUCAUUGAACUUACUGUUUAAAAAUGUUUCUGUUCAACUAUUGUUGAUGUAUUCUUAAAGUUGAACAUGGUUUUAAAUUCUAAAUGACUCUACUACUCUUACAUAAUUUAGUUCUGGUAACUGGUUUACAAUGAAGUUGAACUAAAGUAUUUAUCUGGUUUAAUGGGUUUUCUUUUUUUAUCUCAUGAAACAAUUUUUAUUUAUUGACAUUUCUCUCAUGUCAUUGGAUAUGUACCAUUGUUGACUCGCCACAUUAAUACAAUUAAAUGUUUUAAAAUACCAUAUGCAUUUUUUCUAGUCGUUGGAAUUUUAAUGAAGACUUUUCAGUUGAUUAAGCUCAAAAUUCAAAAUCAUCCAUCUUUGUGAAAGUAAACAUUAUUUUUGAUGUUCCACAAAAAGGGGUACAACUAAAAGGUUAUAUCUAAAUGAUUAAAAGCAGUUUUCAAAUGUAUAGUAAAGCAGGAUGGUGCCAACUGAACAGAUCUGAUAUAUCUACAUGAAGAUAAAGAUUAAAUUAGUCCAGCAAGUGAUUCUUGUAACAUGUUUAAUAAAUGUCAUUGCUGACACCACA